UCCCUUUUAUGAAACUGUUCGAAACCUUAAUAAUUUACCAUCACAAACACAAAUAUUACUACAAAUGAUCGAGUUAUUGGAAAAAGAAGAAACAGAAAGGAUUCAUCACGAGAUUGAAACUAGGAGAAAAAGACUUAACGCUGGUUCGCAGGCUAGCAUUAAAGCUCAAGUUGAAAGCGAAGUUUAUAGUAAUUCUGAAUUGGAAAAUUUUUAUGACUCUUUAUUAGAAAUCGCGGAUGAUUCAAAUAUUUCCGGAGUAAACAUCGCAGAUUUGUUGGUCAAAUAUAUCGAGCACCUUCGAAAGAAACUUGUUUCAGUCCCUUCAGAAAAUAAACAAACGCUUGUCGAACAAGAUACAACCUCACCUAUACCUUAUGAAAUACUUAUUGAAAGCACCAAUGCUGGCUCCACAGGUAAUAGGUUGGAUGAAUUUGAAAAUUCAAAUAGCAUAUUUGGUAAUCUUGUAUUGAGUUGGUUAAAUCACAAUUACAAAGAUUAUGAAUUAGCUCUAGAAUAUACAAAUAAUGGUCGUAAUGUAGUGAUUAAGUACAAAUUGUGUAUGGCAAAUUGCUAUCUUAAUAUCGAUGUCAAGUAUCAUCUGGAUGCAUUACAGCUUUAUCAAAAAAUUUUGCAUAAAGAACCUGAUCAUGUCCUUGCCCUUCAGGGAGUUGGAAUGAUAUUGUCAGUGCAAAAGCAAUUCGAAAAAUCCAUUGAAAUAUUUGAAAAGAUAUUACAACUUGACUCAGAAAAUUAUAUAGCUAAAAGUGAAAUAGGAUGGAUCCAUUUUUUAACAGAGAACUAUGAAGAAGCUAUUAAAUUGACUCUGGAUGCUAUUGACAUGUAUGAUGAAAGUGCACUUUGUUUUUAUCGUUUAGAUAAGAACUACGCAUACGCACAGUUCAUCAAAUCAGUAAAGCUUGAUCCACACUUUGCGAAAUCGUUUACAUAUCUCGGACAUUAUUACCGAAUUAUCGAGCAUGAUCAUGGGCGCGCAAAGAAAUGCUAUCAAAAAGCAUUUUCUAUUGAUGCGUGUGAUGAAGAAGCAGCAUCAGAAUUAAGCGAAUAUUUCCAGUCGGAAGGCGAAGGGAAUAUUGCGGAAGGCAUAUAUCGUACUGUAAUUCAAGCAAAUCGUAAAGCUGGAUGGGCCUGGAAACGAUUGGGGUUUACGGAGUUGGGCAAAGGAAAUUAUUCAGAAGCAAUAACAGAUUUUCAGACCGCUUUGAGAACUGAUACUAAGGAUAUCCGUUGCUGGGAAGGACUUGCAGAAGCUUAUCGUCAUGAAGGUCGAUAUAUGUCUUCAAUGAAAGCUUUUUUGCACGCAGCUGAGUUGGAUCCUUCAUCAGUAUAUACUCAUUAUCAAAUUGCUACAAUAAAGCAAAAAUUGGGCAUGUAUACUGAAGCAAUCGAUCAAUAUAAUUUGACUCUCGAAAAAGCGGAACUUAAAGGUGAACAAGAUCACAUGCCUUCAUUGGAAGGUCUUGGAAAUUGUUAUCUGUCUUUAUCCAGAGAAUAUUUUCACACUGGAUUUUACGGUCGUGCAGCUGAAUCAAUAGGUCAUGGCGUCGCAAUAGUAGCACGUGCUAUAGAGACAAACAGUAAAUAUCUGUGUCUUUGGAAAUUAAUCGGUGAUUUUUGCAUCACUUCGAUAUCAUUGCCAAACUAUUUACAUUUAAUACCUUUGGCCCCAAUUAAAAGCCUUAUAGAAAUUGCUAAAAAACUGGAUAUAGAUGCUAAAUUACAUUUUCCCAAAGAUAUUGAUAAUCUUGGAUAUAAUCUAUAUUUAGAUUCUGACAAAGAUAGUAUAACAAAUUCCGACAUGCUUCAGAUCAUUCUAAUUUGUGGUUGUCUCUCAUACAAAUAUGGCAUAAUAUUGAGUGGAAAUCGACCUGAAACUGCUCCUGCAUUGUGGUAUGAUCUGGCAUUUUCAACGGCUCAAUCUCUUGAUCCGGAUUAUGCACCAGCGUGGGUUGGACAAGCUUAUGUUGCAAAUCUUUGGGGAAGUAAUGAGUCUGCAGAAUUGUUUGAACAUGCUUAUGAAAUUAGUGGUGGUGGUCAUUCACUUGAAGCGGAUUAUGGUUUUGCAUAUCAGGCAUUUACACGAUACAAAAAUUCUCCAUCAGUGCACAAAGCUUUGUUAAUGUCACCCACUUUUGCGUUGCAAAAACUUUCAGAACAAAAACCGGACGAUGCUGCAUCACUAAAUCUAUUAGGCUUAUUGUUUGAACGACUUAAUCGACCAGAUAGAGCCGUUGAUGCAUUCAAUGAUGUGAUCGUUGCAAUUAAAAAAUCAUUUAAAAAGGAACGGCAGUCAGCAUCCCAUUCGGGGGCACUAUCUGAAGAUUCACAAGAAUCGCGAUCUAGACAGAUAAUGUUAUUACGAAGGUUUGCAUACGCACACGGAAAUCUUGGGAGAGUACUUUGUGCAACACGUAGUUUUUCUAGUUCCAUCAUAGCAUAUACGGAAGCUUUGAAAUUGAUUGAGCAACAAAAGAAUGGUUCAUCAACUUCGAUGGCAUCAUUUAAAAUUUAUACAAUGUUAGGAGCUGGACUUGCUUAUUAUUUUAACGAAGAAUUAGAGAAUUCCCUUCAAAUGUUUGAAGACGCUCUUAAUGCAGCUGAUGAUCCUGAACAGGAAUCAAACGUUGCAGAAGUUAAGAAAGAUGUAAUUGUUUUGGUGUCACAAGUACUUUGGGCAUUAGGUGGUGUCGAGCACAAAAACCUGGCAAAAGAACAAUUGUUCAAAUGGUUAAAUUCACCUGAAGAAGCUACGCAAUCUCUUUCUAAAUCAGUUCUCCUUAGACCUUAUGAACUAAUAAAUUGGAUUAACUUAUCAAAUCAUCUUAUCUCUCUUUCGAUUCCAUUUACUUCUGCUUCAAUAGCUGGUUCUGCAAUAGAAUUGAUAUCAAACCCAUUAUCUUCUUUAUCUAAACAAUUGACAACUAAAGAAAAAGCAAAGGUAUAUCAAAAUUAUGCAUCUUCUUUGUUGAUUUCUAGACGAGCAAUUAAACAAGAUUUAAUCACAACUGGAGAAGAUAUAAGUGAUAGUAGCAUAAUUCAAGAUUCAUUUGAUGAGAUUGAGGAUAAUAAUACGGAAAUUAAAAAGGGCAAAAAAGACGAUAAGAAUAAAGAGUUAAAAGAGGAAUAUGAGAAACUUGGGUUAAAUGCAUUAGAAGUCGCUCAGCGAGCUAUCAGAAUUGCACCAUGGGAUUUAGUUGGAUGGUCUUUGCUUGACAUUGCAUAUAAAGAAAGUGAAUAA